AACAGUCGGGUGUCGCAAGACGUCUUAAAAAGUGAACUUCGGCUUUUAAAAGACAGGAAUACAUUUCAGUGAGAACCUUCAACUAACUAGGAUGAUUGUGCAAAACAGAACAAUCUUUUUCUGGGGAGUAUGUUUGCUGACUUCAGGAUGGGCAACAUACAGCGAGGCCAGCGUCCCUGAGAACCUGGACAAGAGCAUUGAUGAGCUUAAAGCAUACUAUAUAAAAGAUGAUCAUGAGAUACACAAUGCACAUCCUGUCUUCCUACGGGUCCUAAAAGACUUAAAGGUGAAUCUUGAGGAACCUGAGCAGAAUCUUUUGAUGAGCAUCAUAAUGGACACAUACAGUAGGAUAUUCACUCGCAUGGAGAAUGAUAGUCUGAAUGAAGCUACAAAGGAAAGAAUUGCACACGUUCAAGAGCAUUUGAAAAAACUGAAAGAAAACUACUUUCCAGGCAAAAGUGCAGAGCUCAAGACAUAUGCAGAAACCCUAUGGGCGAUCAAGGAAGAUGACCCAGUCGUCCAGCGCAAAGCUUUGUUUGAGCUGAAGCGGGUCUACAGAGAAGCAACGCUGUUGAAAAACCUGAAGAACAAAGAGCGCAGGAGACGACAAGCCAAAAACACAAAAAAUCAAAAGUCUUAAUAGAUCUUGAUCAACAUUUAAACGAAUUGUGGGAAAUCAGUGUUAUUUAUUCUAUUUAUAAAGUUUAUGUUGUACACAUAUUUAAUUGUUUUUAACUGACAUUAUUUAUUUGUCCUUAUUUAUUUGAAAAAAAACACUGUACACCACUUGCUAGUAACAUGGCAAAUUUUGUAAGGUCUAUGACUGAAUAAAAUAAUUUUUAAG